AUCAGUUAACAUAUGUAAUCUAUUGUAUUGGCUUAAAUUAAAAACUGUAUUUUCUAUUUUUAGGUUAACUGGGAUGAACCUGCCCUCUCCAGUCAUAAGUAAUAAAAAUUGGCUUCGUCUUCAUUUUACUUCAGAUAGUAACCACAGACGGAAAGGCUUCAAUGCCCAGUUUCAAGUUAAAAAGGCAAUUGAAUUGAAAUCUAGAGGAGUGAAGAUGUUGCCGAGCAAAGAAAGUAAUCAUAAGAAUUCUGUCUUGAGUCAAGGAGGUGUACCAACAGCUACAGAUAUGUGUCCAGAUCCUGGAGUACCAGAAAGUGGUAAAAGAGCUGGAUUUGAUUUCAGAGUGGGUGCCAAUGUCCAAUUUUCCUGUGAUGAUAAUUAUGUGCUACAAGGCUCGAAGAGUAUAACUUGUCAAAGAGUGACUGACACACUCAGUGCUUGGAGUGAUCAUAGACCAAUCUGUCGAGCUCGGACAUGUGGCUCAAAUCUUCAAGGACCAUCUGGCAUUAUAACCUCGCCUAACUAUCCAGUUCAGUAUGAAGACAAUGCACAUUGUGUUUGGGUGAUAACAAGCAUAAACCCUGAUAAGGUGAUCAAGAUUUCUUUUGAAGUUUUUGAGCUAGAGAGAGGCUAUGACACCCUAACUAUAGGAGAUGGUGGAAAAGUAGGUGACACACGAUCAGUUUUAUAUGUUCUCACAGGUUCUAGUGUACCAGAUCUCAUUGUUAGUAUGAGUAAUCAAAUGUGGCUGCAUUUACAAUCAGAUGACAGCAUUGGAUCUCCAGGAUUUAAAGCAAUUUAUCAAGAAAUUGACAAGGGUGGGUGUGGGGACCCAGGAAUUCCAGUAUAUGGAAAAAGAAAUGGCAGCAGCUUCCUCCAUGGAGACAUACUAACAUUUGAAUGUCAAGCAGCUUUUGAACUUGUUGGAGAAAAAACAAUCACAUGUCAACAAAAUAAUCAAUGGUCUGGAAAUAAGCCAAGUUGUGUCUUUUCAUGUUUUUUUAAUUUUACAACACCUUCUGGAAUAAUUCUCUCACCAAACUAUCCUGACGAAUAUGGAAACAAUAUGAACUGUGUGUGGCUAAUAAUAUCAGAAGCAGGAAGUCGGAUUCACCUGAUCUUUAAUGACUUUGAUGUGGAACCCCAGUUUGAUUAUGUUGCGGUAAAAGAUGAAGGUAUUGCGGAAUUACCUGCACUUGGUACAUUUUCAGGAAAUGAAGUGCCCUCUCAGAUUGCAAGCAAUAGUCACAUAGUACGUCUAGAAUUCCAGUCUGAUCACUCAACCACGGGUAGAGGCUUUAAUAUUACUUAUACAACAUUUGGCCAAAAUGAAUGUCAUGAUCCUGGAAUCCCAAUAAACGGAAGGAGGUUUGGAGACAGGUUUCUCCUUGGUAGCUCAGUAUCUUUCCAUUGUGAUGAAGGUUUUAUCAAAACCCAAGGAUCUGAAUCUAUUACUUGUAUUAUACAAGAUGGAAAUGUAGUUUGGAGUUCCACUGUUCCAAGAUGUGAAGCACCAUGUGGAGGACACUUAACGGCAUCAAGUGGGCUUAUAUUGCCUCCAGGCUGGCCUGGCUAUUACAAGGAUUCAUUAAACUGUGAAUGGGUGAUUGAAGCAAGAACUGGGUAUUCAGUUAAAAUCACUUUUGAGAGAUUUCAGACUGAAGUCAAUUAUGAUAUUCUGGAAGUACGGGAUGGGCCAGCCAAUUCAUCCCCAUUGAUUGGAGAGUACCAUGGAACACAAGCACCACAAUUUAUUAUUAGUACAGGGAAUUUCCUGUAUCUUUUAUUCACAACUGAUAACAGUCGUUCCAAUGUUGGCUUUCUAAUCCGCUAUGAAAGUGUUACUCUAGAAUUAGAUUCAUGCCUAGAUCCAGGCAUUCCGGUAAAUGGUCACCGACAUGGAAAAAACCUUGGCAUUGGCUCUUUUGUGACUUUCACUUGUGAUGCCGGCUACAUUUUAAGUGAUGAUGAACCGCUGGUUUGUGAGAAAAACCAUCAGUGGAACCAUGCCUUGCCUACUUGUGAUGCUUUAUGUGGAGGUUAUAUUCACAGUAAGAGCGGAACAAUACUUUCUCCAGGUUUUCCUGAUUUUUACCCCAACUCUUUAAAUUGUACUUGGACAAUAGAAGUAUCUCACGGAAAAGGUGUACAGCUGGUGUUUCACACCUUUCACCUUGAAAGCUCCCAUGACUAUCUGUUAAUAACAGAAGAUGGCAGUUUUACUCAUCCUGUUGCCAGACUGACAGGUUCAGUUUUACCCCCCACUAUAAAAGCUGGACUUUUUGGGAAUUUUACAGCUCAUCUUAGAUUUAUAUCAGAUUUUUCAAUCUCAUAUGAAGGAUUUAACGUCACAUUUUCAGAAUAUGAUCUGGAGCCUUGUGAUGAUCCAGGAGUUCCUGCCUUCAGUAGAAGAAUCGGAUUUCAUUUUGGUGUUGGAGACUCUCUUACAUUUUCGUGUUUUCCUGGAUAUCGUUUGGAAGGCUCUGAUAAGCUCUCCUGUUUGGGAGGUGGCAGAAAAGUGUGGAGUACACCUCUUCCAAGGUGUGUGGCUGAAUGUGGAGCAACAGUCACUGGAAAUGAAGGAACACUGCUGUCUCCAAAUUUCCCAGCAAAUUAUGACAACAAUCAUGAAUGCAUUUAUAGAAUAGAGACUCAACCAGGAAAGGGAAUCCACUUAAGAGCUAAAACAUUUCAACUGCAUGAUGGUGAUAUACUGAAGGUUUAUGAUGGAAAACACAGUUCUUCUCGACUUCUAGGUGCCUUUACAAAAAAUGAACUAUUAAAAGUAAUACUCAACAGUACAUCAAAUCAUUUGUGGAUAGAUUUUAAUACAAAUGGAUCUGACACUGACAUUGGAUUUCACCUAACUUACAGCAGUUUUGAUUUAAUAAAAUGUGAAGAUCCAGGAAUACCAAACUAUGGUUACAAGAUUCGUGAUGAGGGUCACUUUGCUGAUACAACUAUUAUGUAUAGCUGUAACCCAGGUUACACAAUGCAUGGAAGUAGCAUACUGACAUGUCUCAGUGGAGAUCGGAGAGUGUGGAACAAGCCUUUACCAACAUGCACUGCUGAGUGUGGAGGUCGGAUUUAUGCUGUUGCAUCAGGGCGCAUUCUGUCUGCAGGUUAUCCAUCACCAUAUGAAAAUAACUUACACUGCACUUGGAUUCUUGAAGCAGAUCCAGGGAAAACUAUUAGCCUUCACUUUAUAGUUUUUGACACUGAAGUCUCACAUGAUAUCCUCAAGGUUUGGGAUGGACCUGUAGACAGUGAUGUUCUUCUGAAAGAGUGGAGUGGUUCUUCUCUCCCCGAGGACAUUCAUAGCACAUUCAACUCUUUGACUUUACAGUUUGAUAGUGAUUUUUUCAUCAGCAAGUCUGGUUUUUCCAUACAGUUUUCAACUUCUGUUGCAUCAACAUGUAAUGAUCCUGGAGUUCCUCAAAAUGGUUCCAGAUACGGAGACAGCAGAGAGCCAGGAGACACCAUAAGCUUUCAAUGUCAUCCUGGGUAUCAGCUACAAGGACAAGCUACAAUUACCUGUGUGCAGCUAAAUAAUAGAUUCUUUUGGCAACCAGACCCACCCAAUUGCUUAGCUGCUUGUGGUGGAAACUUGACAGGCCCAGCAGGAGUAAUUUUGUCACCUAACUACCCUCAGCCUUACCCUUCUGGAAAAGAGUGUGACUGGAGAAUAAAAGUAAAUCCAGACUUUGUCAUUGCCUUGAUAUUCAAAAGUUUUAACAUGGAACCUAGCUAUGAUUUUCUACAUAUAUAUGAAGGUGAUAGCUCCAACAGCCCUAUAAUUGGAAGUUUUCAAGGUUCUCAUGCACCAGAAAGAUUAGAAAGCAGUGGAGACGGUCUGUUUCUAGCAUUCCGUAGUGAUGCAUCUGUUGGAAUGUCUGGAUUCGCCAUUGAAUAUAAAGAGAAACCAAGAGAAGCUUGUUUCGAUCCAGGGAACAUUAUGAAUGGUACGCGGAUUGGAACUGACUUUAAACUUGGAUCAACGGUAACUUACCAGUGUGAUCUAGGAUACAAAAUUGUUGAUCCUGCAACAAUAAGUUGUAUGAUUGGUGCAGAUGGAAAGCCUGCAUGGAACAAGAGUUUGCCAUCAUGUAAUGCGCCAUGUGGAGGGCAAUAUACAGGAACUGAGGGUGUGGUACUGUCCCCAAACUAUCCAAAUAAUUACACCGUUGGACAGACUUGUCAUUAUUCAAUAACAGUUCCAAAGGAAUUUGUUGUGUUUGGGCAGUUUGCAUACUUCCAGACAGCUCUCAAUGAUUUGGUUGAACUUUUCGAUGGAGCACAUCCACAAUCAAGACUGCUCAGUUCCCUCUCAGGGAGUCAUACAGGGGAGACAAUGCCAUUAGCCACUUCAAAUCACAUUCUUCUGAGAUUCAACACAACAAAUGGUGCACCUGCCAAGGGAUUUCAUUUUGUUUAUCAAGCGGUUCCACGUACCAGUGACACUCAGUGCAGUUCUGUUCCUGAGCCAAGAUAUGGCAAAAGAAUUGGUUCAGAUUUUUCUGCAGGCUCUAUGGUUCGAUUUGAAUGCAACCCUGGAUACCUGCUUCAAGGUUCUAAAGCUAUACGAUGUCAGACUGUCCCCAAUGCUUUAGCACAGUGGAAUGACACUGUGCCUAGUUGUUUAGUCCCUUGUAGUGGGAAUUUUACAGACAGAAGAGGAACAAUAUUAUCCCCUGGCUUUCCAGACCCUUAUGGCAACAGCUUAAAUUGUGUCUGGAAAAUCAUAGUGGCUGAAGGAUCGGGAAUUCAGAUACAAGUUUUAAGUUUUGCAACAGAGCACAAUUGGGAUUCACUUGAGAUAUAUGAUGGCUCAGACACAACUGCACCAAGACUUGGCAGUUUUUCUGGGACUACAGUGCCGGCACUUCUAAAUAGCACAUCGAAUCAGCUCUACCUGCAUUUUCACACUGAUAUAAGUGUAUCAGCAGCUGGAUUUCAUUUGGAGUACAAAACUGUUGGACUUACUGCCUGCCCAGAACCACUUGUGCCGAUGAAUGGUAUUAAAAAUGGAGAUCGCUACAUGGUUAAUGAUGUAGUAUCUUUUCAAUGUGAACCUGGCUACACAUUACAGGGGCAUUCCCAUAUUUCCUGCAUGCCCGGGACAGUACGACGUUGGAAUUUCCCUUCACCCCUUUGCAUAGCAAAAUGUGGUGGAAUACUGAUGAAGAUGGCUGGAGUAAUAUUAAGUCCUGGUUUUCCUGGAAACUACCCAAGCAACUUAGACUGCACUUGGAAAAUUUCAUUACCAGUUGGUUAUGGGGCUCACAUUCAAUUUGAAAAUUUUUCAACUGAGGCAAAUCAUGAUAUUCUUGAGAUACAAAAUGGUCCCUAUCAUACAAGUUCCCAAAUUGGGCAGUUUAGUGGCCCUGAACUCCCAUCAUCAUUGCUAAGCACAACUCAUGAAGUUCUUAUUCACUUUUUUAGUGAUCAUUCUGAAAACCGACAAGGUUUUAAGCUUGUAUAUCAAGCCUAUGAAUUGCAAAACUGUCCAGCCCCGCAUCCAUUUAAGAAUGGGUACAUCAUUAAUUCUGAUUAUAGUGUGGGACAAUCAAUAUCUUUUGAAUGUUAUCCAGGAUAUGUUCUGAUAGGACAUGCUGUUCUCACUUGCCAACAUGGUAUUAAUAGAAACUGGAACUAUCCUUUUCCAAGAUGUGAAGCACCUUGCGGAUAUAAUGUGUCAUCGGAAAAUGGCACCAUUUACUCUCCAGGAUUUCCAGAUGAAUAUCCCAAUUCAAAGGACUGUACUUGGUUUAUUUCUGUUCCACAGGGUCAUGGGGUUUAUAUUAACUUUACUUUGCUCCAGACCGAACUAGUGAAUGAUUACAUUGCAUUAUGGGAUGGAAUUGAUCAGAAUUCUCCUCAGCUUGGUGUUUUUAGUGGAAAUACAGCCCUUGAGACAGCAUAUAGUUCAUCUAAUCAAGUACUUAUUAUGUUUCACAGCGACUUUUCAACUGGGGGAUUCUUUGUUCUGAAUUUUCAUGCAUAUGCACUCAAGAAAUGCCAACCACCAACAUCUGUGCCAGAAGCUGACUUCAUUUCUGACAAUGAUGACUUUGAAAUAGGAGAUUUUGUAAAAUACAAAUGCCACCCGGGGUUUACCUUAGUAGGAAAUGAUAUAAUAACCUGUAAAUUGAUUACUCAGCUGCAGUUUGAGGGUUCCUUACCUACCUGUGAAGCACAAUGUCCUGCAAAUGAAAUGCGGCAAGAAUCAUCUGGGGUCAUCCUUAGCCCUGGAUAUCCUGAAAACUAUCCUAAUUCCCAGACAUGUUCCUGGAGCAUUAGGAUUGAACCUGGUUACACCAUAUCAUUUUUUGUGGAUAUGUUUCAAAGCGAAAAACAGUUUGAUGAACUUGAGGUAUUUGAUGGGCCAUCUGGACAAAGUCCACAUAUUGUGGCUUUAAGUGGCAAUUUAACAGGGCAACAAAAUUUUACAAGCAAAAGCAACACUGUUUUUCUUCGCUGGUCAACAGAUCAUGCUACAAAUAAAAGAGGUUUCAAAAUUCGAUAUUCAGCUGCCUACUGUAGUUUGCACACAGUAAUAAAUAAUGGGGGAAUUUUGAACAAGACGGGCAUUGAGCUUGGUUCAAAAGUUUACUACUACUGUAAGGCUGGAUAUCAAAUGAUUGGAAACAGUAAUACAACAUGCAUACGGAGACGAAAUGGAAUGUAUGAAUGGGCUUCACCAGCACCAAUUUGUAAAGCUAUAUCCUGUGGAAUUGCCCAGCCACCUGGAAAUGGUUCAGUGUCUGGAAAUGAGUUUACUUUGGGAAGCAAAGUGAUAUAUGAAUGUAAUGAAGGCUACAGAUUACAAUCUAGUCAACAAUCAACAGCAGUAUGUCAAGAAGAUGGAUCAUGGAGUAAUGCAGGCAAACCACCUGUUUGUCAGCCUAUUAUGUGCCCAAAUCUGGACUCCCAGCUCUUGGAACAUGUCAUCUGGCGGCUGGUUUCAGGUUCAUUAAAUGAAUAUGGAUCUCAAGUCUUGCUGAGUUGCAGUCCUGGUUAUUAUCUUAGUGGAUUGAGACUUCUACAAUGUAGAGCUAAUGAAACGUGGAGUGGAGGCAAUACCAAACCAAGUUGUAUAGUUAUCUCAUGUGGGGAUUUACCUAUUCCACCAAAUGGUAACAGGAUUGGAACUUUGAAUGUUUAUGGUGCAACAACAAUAUUUACGUGUAAUUCUGGAUACACACUCGUUGGGUCCCAUGUAAGAGAGUGCCUGGCUAAUGGUUUGUGGAGCGGGACUGAAACCCAAUGCCUAGCUGGACAUUGCGGUUCUCCUGAUCCUAUUGUAAAUGGGCAUAUAAGUGGUGAUGGAUUCAGUUAUCGAGACACAAUAGUCUAUCAGUGUAAUCCAGGAUUUCGUCUAGUGGGCACAUCUGUCCGUAUAUGCCUUCAAGAUCACAAGUGGUCAGGGCAAACACCAGUCUGUGUUUCUAUAACUUGUGGUCAUCCUGGAAAUCCUGCACAUGGAAUUACCAAUGGAAGUGAAUUUAAUUUAAAUGAUGUUGUUAACUUCACAUGUAAUCUAGGCUAUGUGCUUCAGGGUUCAUCUCAAGCACAAUGUCGCAGCAAUGGUAUGUGGAGCACCCCUCUUCCAUAUUGCCGAGUGGUAAACUGCACAGAUCCUGGUUUUGUGGAAAAUGCUAUUCGUCAUGGACAACUGAACUACCCUGAAAACUUUCGUUAUGGAAUCAGUGUGACCUAUCAUUGUAAAAAGGGUUACUAUCUUUUAGGAUCAUCUGUUCUUAACUGCAAGGCGAAUGGCAUGUGGGACAGAUCACUUUCUAAGUGUAUACCUAUAUCAUGUGGUCAUCCUGGUGUUCCUGCUAAUGCUGUUCUAAGUGGGGAUAAAUUCAUAUAUGGGUCAAAAAUCCACUACUCUUGCACUGGACCACAUAUACUUAUAGGAAAUUCAACCAGAGUUUGCCAAGAAGACAGUAGAUGGAGUGGGACGCUUCCUCACUGCUCAGGAAUUAACCCUGGAACCUGUGGUGAUCCUGGCAUUCCAGCUCAUGGUUCUCGACUUGGAAAUGAAUUUAAAAUAAAAAGCUUACUUCGUUUUUCUUGUGAAAUGGGAUACACAUUGAUGGGCUCCACGGAGAGAACAUGUUUAUUAAAUGGCUCUUGGUCUGGUGUACAACCUACAUGUGAAGCGGUAUCCUGUGGAAAUCCUGGAACACCAGCCAAUGGCAUGAUAAUUUUCAGUGAUGGAAUACUUUUCUCAAGCUCUGUCAUCUAUGCCUGCUGGGAAGGUUACAAAACAUCAGGGUUAACCACUCGACAUUGCACUGCCAACGGAACCUGGACUGGAAGUGCUCCAGAUUGUUCAGUUAUAACCUGUGAAGAUCCAGGAUCUAUUGCUAAUGGUUUUCAGAUAGGAAAAGAUUUUACAUUUAACAAGACAGUAAUUUACCAGUGUAACCCAGGUUACCUAAGAGAUCCUUUCACCUCAUCACCCAUGAUGUGUGGCAAAGAUGGCACCUGGAAUCAAACAAAACCAACAUGUAAAGCCAUAUUUUGUGGUCAGCCCCCUCAUGUACCUUACGGGAAGCUUCAAGGGUCAGAUUUCAGCUGGGGGUCCAGUGUCAGCUAUACAUGUGUUGAAGGUUACCAGCUGUCUACUCCUACUGUUCUGUCUUGUGAAGGAAGAGGAACAUGGAGAGGGGAAAUUCCACAAUGUCUACCCAUGUUUUGUGGUGAUCCUGGGACUCCAGCCGAGGGACGUCUCAAUGGCAAAAGUUUUACCUACAAAUCAGAAGUUUCAUUUCAGUGCAGACCCCCAUUUAUUUUGGUAGGGUCAUCUAGAAGAAUUUGCCAGUCAGAUGGCACCUGGAGUGGUAUUCAGCCAAUUUGUAUUGAUCCGGCUCAUAAUACUUGCAGAGACCCUGGUACGCCUCAUUAUGGCAUGCAAAACAGUUCCAGGGCCUAUGAGAUUGGGAGUACUGUCGUCUUUAGAUGUCGCAAAGGCUACCAUAUUCAAGGCUCCACUACACGUAAUUGUCUAGCUAAUUUAACGUGGAGUGGAACUCAGCCAGAAUGCAUCCCUCAUGCAUGUAGACAACCAGAGACCCCUAUGCAUGCUGAUGUGAGGGCAAUAGACUUACCGACUUUGGGAUAUACUUUAAUAUACACGUGCCAGCCGGGAUAUUUUUUGGCAGGUGGGUCAGAGCACAGAACGUGUAAAGGAGAUAUGAAGUGGACAGGCAAACCACCAAUUUGCAAAAGCAGAGGUUUCAGGCUACAUAACACAACAGUUACAAAGACCCCAGUCCCUUCAGAUGUUUUUUCAAUAAAUUCUGUCUGGAAAGGAUUUUAUGAGUACCUUGGGAAGCAACAUUCAGCAACUUUAACUGUUGACUGGUUCAAUAACACAAGCAGCAAAGUUAAUGGAACAUUUUUAGAUACUAAUAACAGUGAACUAAAGUUAUCAGGAAUUUAUAAGAAAGAAGAAGCCCAUUUGCUUUUGAAGAUUUUCCAGAUUAAGGGUUCAUCAGAAAGUUUAAUAAAAAAGUUUCAAAAUGACAACUGGGCAAUGGAUGGUUAUGUAUCUUCUGGAAAAGAAAAAAGCAUUUUUAACUACCAAGGUGAUAUACAAUCAAAGGAUUUUGGGAAGUUUAUAUUUCAAAGACAAGUUUCUCAAAACAUCAAUGAUUCCUCUAAUAACUACCAUGGCACAAACAGCAGUUCUGUAGCAGCUGCAAUCCUGGUACCUUUUUUUGCCCUCAUACUAUCUGGAUUUGCCUUCUACCUUUACAAACACAGAGCAAGACCCAAAGUGCAAUACAAUGGAUAUGCUGGUCAUGAAAAUAGCAAUGGACAAGCAUCAUUUGAAAAUCCAAUGUAUGAUACAAACUUAAAACCCACAGAGGCAAAAGCUGUUAGAUUUGACACAACAUUAAACACAGUAUGCACAGUGGUAUAGCCUUUGGAGUCAAUUAAGACUUAUUCAUAGCCAUACCUCUGAAGGACAAACUGAAAUCCCAUUGGUGCCCUAAACCAAUAUCUCUACUACUUCUGUCUUUGCUGCUGCAAACUCUAACACCAUAUGUCAGCAAACAGUAGAUACAUCUUUGAUGCUCAUUGAAUGAGUUGAGUCUUCUGAAGAUCACAUGAAGAAUGUUUCUUUCUUUAAAAGAGGAUUACAAUGUCUGUCUUCAAUAUGCUUGCCAUGGAGGAAUACUUCAGGAAGACAAAUAAGUCAUACCAGUUGUUAUUUGGAUGCCUUUCACUGCAAUAUCUUGGGCACUUGGAUAAAUCCUCAGCUACUUUGAUGUGUGAGAUCAUCAAAGGGCGUGUAUUUUUUUGUAUCCCAACAAAAGUGAAUGUCCUGGAGGAGACGCCCACUGGAAGAAGAGGACAACCUUUUGUAUGGUUGCACAUACAUUAAAUGCUUUAUCAUGAAAUCAGUGACACUAUGUGACAGUUAAAAUGAACCAGAUUUAUCAGACACUGUUUGUGCGCUGGGUGGUUUGUUAAUCUUUCCAUUCAGUUGGUGUUGCAAAAUAUUACUGCACAAUUUUUUGCACUAGUAUGUUUGAAAUGAGUGAGUUUCAUCCCAUCAACAAAAACAGGGUUUAUAAUGACAAUGUUCAGUUGUUUAAACUCAUUUCCAUUUGACCCCCAUUUUACUAGACACCAAGUUUCAUUAUUCCAGCAUUUAUUAAAAUACAUAAUUUCUUAACAAAAAAAAAUCAAAAAGGAAAUUGGAAACUUUGUUUCUGUGCAAUUUAAUGCUGGCUCUCAUCUUCAUAAACCACACCUGAUAUCAUGUCCAAAAGCAGCAGUCAAUUUUUGUACAAUAUAUAUUUUAUGUCUUAUUUUCUUAUAAAAAUAAAUAAACAAAAACAGGGUUGACAUUAAACAUUUGUAUUAUACAAUUAAACAACAAGUGUUUGGAAAAUUGUGAAUAGUAGUUCAUUUACACUUACACAAAAGAGAAAUAUAUAUUUGGAAAAUGAAUUUGCUAUUUAAUAUAUGCCUCCAAAAUUAUUAUUUUUUUGAUCACAGCGAUGAACAUUCUUUCUGUCACAUUUUGGGUCAGAACUGGAUCACAAAAGGAUAUGGAAACUCAGAAAAUAAAUGUUGCUUCCAAAUUGUUAGACGCAAAGUCUGGCAUGGUUCCUCCCAAGUGUAAAAUUGUAUGAGGCAUUUCCAUUAGUAGUACAGUAGUUUCUAACAAAUUCAAAUUUAGAACAAUUGGAAGUUUUCUGUAAUUCCUGUGGGAAGUGUGGGAGCAAUGCAUCUUGCUGGAUUAUUCUCUUUCCCUGUAUUUCUUAUAUAAAAUUCUUACCAAUGCAUGGGAACAAACUUAGAGUGAACCUGUGAAGAUAGAAGUAUGGUAGCUGCCAUUGUUCACUUGUGAUCCUGACUUCUAUACCUCCAGAUAUAACUAUGGAAAUUUGCUGAUAUUUAACCUUUUUUUCUUCUUUAAUAAGGAAGAGGAACCUUGUUUAAUCCAAAUUUGUUGAAUAAAAGCUGCCUAGUGACUUGGUUACCUGCAACCAGCAUAGAGACAGCGAAGACUAAAAAGUCUCAUGUACCAUUCUGCAUACUGGUUCCAUAAGGGAAGAGGUUUUUGCAAAUUGGUCUAUUCACAAAACUACCCAUUUCAAUUUCAUAGAAAUUGUUACAAAGCAGAAACUCUCAAUUCCACUCAUUGAGCUGCUUAUGUAAAAUUUCCUUUUAAAAUAUUUUUUUUUUAAUUAGAGGGUGUGUUUUUAUUUGGGAGAGGGGUGUGUUUAGGGUGUUUAAGGUUAAUUUCAUCUAGUAUUUUAUUUCCUUAUUUUUUGUGUAUAUGAUUACUAUUUAUGCAUUGUGGCUUUGUGAAUUUUUUUACAGUGUAAUUUUCUGUGAAAAAAAUGUAAAACAAUAAAGCCACGUAUAAGCUUAUUUAACUCAGGGACCCUUUAAAACCUACUGCACCCAUGAAAGCCCUGAACAACUCAAUAAUUUCACAUUUCUUGUUUGCCUUCAAUGCAUUUUUUCAAAAUGUUUGGUCAACAUUUUUUGAUUUGUAAAAUUUUCAGGGAAUUAAAAACCAUCAAUUCUGCUCAUCCCCAAUGAUAAAGGUCAGGAUGACAGAUCUGGAGCCUGCAGCAGUGGCAGCUUCCACAAAUCUAUAUUCACAGAUUCAAUUUAAAGCAGAGUAUUGAGUCUAGAGUAAAGUUUACUUGUUCUCAAUAUAAUAGAAACGUUUAGUGCAUACACUUAUUGGAUGGAAACACCUGUGACAUUAAUCUCUUCCUGGCAGGUACAAAAUGUUUAAACUAUACCUUUGCUGUAUCUUCCAAAUUGUUAUUUUCUGUAAAUUGUAUGUCUACCCAGAGUUUCAUUUUUUCUUGUUAUGUUAUAGUUGAUAUACUGAACUACCCGAAUACUGAUAGUUUACAUACUGAACCACCUGAAUGCUGCAUUGCUAAAUCACACACACAAAAAUACAGCAGCUCAGAGAAUAUAUAAAUCUAACAUGGAGUCAUAGCAAAGACAAAGGUUUGUUUUUAGUUUUUGAUUAGAGACCCUAUUUUAUAUGAUAAAUGUAUGGCCAAAAUGAAAAGAUUUUCUGAAAUUUUUAUUCCCAGCAUGAAUGCUUAAACUUGUAAAAAUAAAUUGUGGGAUGCCUUUUUUCAGAUGACAAAUAAACAACAAAAUAAUUUAGUGCAUUCAGUAGUGAUAUAAGUGCCUUUUGGAUAGCCUGGGAUAUUUUUAAACACAGUUUUGCUAAAUUAGCAUUGUCAAACAGGCUAUUCUUGAUGACUUCCAGUAUACAUAUUUAGCUGGCAUAUUUCCCUUUUGGACUCACUUGGGCCCUGUUUAAAAAGUGCCUAAAAGGAAAUUUUCUGUGUUGAUUAUUUUUCUUUCAUUUUUUAACUACAAACGCUAUAUCUGAAAGUUUGAUUGAUGGCUAUAAGCAACACAGAUGCUUUCCUUCUGGUCAGUUUGGGGUUGAUUUUAUUACGAGAGUAGAGCAUGUUCAAUUUUAAUGGAAAUUUUCACUUACAGUGGUUUAGUGAAUGUUGUGAAAAUUCACUUUGUAAAAAAUACUUAAUCAUGUACAGGGAAAAAAAUGGAUUUUCACUUACACAAGAAUGGAUUUUUCAGCAGGGCUUUACAUCAUGAACAUUCACUCUGUAAGUGAGCAGCUUAUGCUCCUUUAGUAAACCAACCCCUUUGAGAACCUGGAACAUUUAUGUUUUAUGAAUCAUCUAAUAUAUAUACAAUAUACAGUAUAUAUAAUAUGUUGGAAUAAAAAACAUUAAAUUAAAUAAUAUGUUCAGCUUCUGUUUGUGUUCACUAUAUUUUGUGCAGGUGGAAGUAGUAUUUUUGUAAUUUUAUAAUAAGCUGCUGGUUCAACAGGGAGAUACUGAUGAAAGACACCCCUAAUCAAAUACCCUGAAAAGAAAGGUAUCAGGAAAGAACAGAAAAAUAUGUUUUUUUUUCUUUGCCAAUCUCCUCCCCUAUAUCUGAUAAUAUUUUCAAUCUGCAUUAACUGAAAAGGAAAGCAGAGAUUUUAUAGAAUAGAAGGAAUUUACAAAAACCUUCCUAGUCAUGCUGUAAUUGAAUCUGUGUGUUAUUGCUUAUGGUAAAAUAAUUUUUCAGUCCAUGCAGAGUGACUACAUUCGUCAUGUAGGUGAGAAGGGCAACUGUUAGCACAGCUUUGCCUUUAGUGCUUCCUGUGUUGAAAAGCAGAUGUGUUUUGGGUACAAAAUAAAGAAAGAAAAUAAAUAUAUAUAUAUAUACACUUCUUAAAAGUAUUAAAUGUAUAUGGAACCGAAGGAAAAAAAAUAUUUACAGUAUUUGACAAGUGCCAGGUAUGCAUUAAGGUCCAUUGAAACUAAAGUGUUUGUAUGACUAUAUAAGAACAAUGCUGUAAAAAGAAUAACACAUUUUGGUUUACUUAUACCUACUCAUGUGUCUAUUUCUGCUAGUACUUUUCAAUGAAGACCUUCACUUAUGUCUCUAUGAGACAUGAAUAUGGUAGUUAGCAUUCUUUGGGUGAAUGCAUGUAACUGAAAUGUUUCCUGUACCAACAGAAUAAUGUCAUUUAGAAGCUUUAGCUGUAUUAUUAUAAUUAUUUUUACUAUGUCAUCUGUGAACGACUCUCUUUUGGUCAAACAGCUAGGGAAAUAUCAGAAUGUUGCAAUUGUUAUUCACAUGCUUAGUCUCUCUUCAAUUUUAUCCAGUUUGUUUUGA